AUGACAUUCGAUCCCUACUAUUGUACUGAAGGGGGAAAUUUUUUUGUCGGUGGGUCGAGUGGAGAUGUGACUCAUGCUGAUGAGGGGUCUGUGAUUAAGAACCAUCAGUUACCAAGUGGAGCCACCAUGACGUACUCCACAGAUAUAGUAGAGGAAGACCUCCACUAUAUUUACACUCUCCUAAAUGGGGAACUGACCAGGUCUCCAAAUAAUGACAAGGAGAUUCACCGAGUGAAGGAUGAAAUGAUUAGUCUACAUAGGAAUAACCCAACAGAAGUCCUCACCCUGCAACGAUGUUACGGCAGUAUUAGAGCUGAUAGGAAAUUAAUCGAGGUUUUGUUUGGCUUGCUAGGAGGUGGUAGUGUGUGGACUAAUACCAAGUGGGAGUCUCCCUUUAGUCACGGAGCUGCACUGAAUUAUUUAAAUUACGAAACGGUUAAUAAUAUAAUCAACUCUAUCGAAUGGAAUCACUCAGGAGAAGGAAGAUCAAAAGGAGGAUCAAAAGGAGGAAAUCACCACCAGUCACUGAGCAACAUCUACAAGUGUGUGAGCUGUAAAAAGGUAUGCACUCAUGUGUAUUAUAUUUUAAAACCAAACAAUGUGAAAAAAAUUUCUUACGGAGUUUUGGAUAAGUGUGUUUGGUGUAAUGCUUGUUUCAACUCGAGUAAAUAUCCCAGCAUUUUGAAUAGAUCUAAUUUUGUAAAAGUAAACAUACCGUACAGCUUUCUUGGCAACGAUUGGAGUGUUACUGAGAUAGAGAAACUGAUUGAUGGUAUAAGCAAAUAUAAAAAUAAUUGGGAAAAAAUUAGUGAAUCUGUAGGAACAAAAAGUGCAUAUGAAUGUAUUUAUAAAUUCACAUCUAUGCCACUUUCCAACCCUUAUUUUGAUGUUGACAAUCUUUUCAAUAUCAAUAAUGUUUCUUUUAAGUCUUUUAAACAGAAUAACACUCUC